CGCACUCAAGAACGCUAACGGUUCGAUCCAACAACAAGCAAUAGAAGACGGUUGAUAGCCACAAGACAUCCUUCGGUCGAUUUCUCUCGGCGUGUGCGUGUGUGCGUGUGUGCCUGCAUGCAAUGGAACAACAACAGGAACACCGUCGUCUUGGUUGUGAUCCGUCCCCGUCCAUCGCAGACCAAGGGAUGAAGAGCACGACGCACCGAACGCGCUUGCUUCCGUUUUGUUCGAGCACCGCGAACGCAACGGCGGAGCACGACAAGAACGAUGCUUGCAGAGAGAAGAAAGACGGUGCUUGGACAAGCCGUCCACGCGACAACCAUCCCUCCCGGGUCUCUCGGCGGAGACGGCGGAGUUGGACGAAGGAAGAAAGAAACGCGCGAUGUUCCACCAGAGGGCGUCGCCGGCUUUUGUUAUGCGAGGGUCUCUUCUCCGAGAGAUUCAGCCGCGGUUUCGUUUUGGUAGCGGUCGUCUUGUUGCUCUUGCACGAAAGAAAACCAUUGGGAACCAUGCCAUGGUGCAAGGACACAUCGAACGCCGGUGCCUCGAUCCAUGGAGCUGGCCUUUUGUUUGUUCGGUCCUUUACCUCGCCGCAACGGUCGUCUCGGGCGCACCAGAGCCGCCAACACACCAUCACCAUUUCAUCGGAUCGCCUGGCGACCACAAGGAUACGGGGGUACUUGUACAACGGUGCUUUUACCUUCUCUUGCCGGAGCACAAGCGGCAACAAUGGCAACCCCAGAGAGGACCCAAACACGCGGCUGUGCUGGAAGAGGGGGAAACGGCAACGAUUGCAAAGAAUUCACCACCAUCGCCAGCGGUGUUCGACCCUGUCGGCCACGGUAGAACGAAACGGCUCGGACGCUACGGUGGCCCCCAUCAACACGACAAGCCACGGCCCGAUCUACCAAGCUGCCAACCACAGCCAAACCAACGGCAGCGGCGAUUCCCGUGCCAGGGCACGCAACAAUGCUGAUGCCAGCACCGGCGGGGGCACGGUGGCGGUGCGCGACGCCGCUCCCGCGGGGGCCGGCGUCGUUCCCAGGCACGUCGGUUUUAUCUGCGACGGCAACGGCCGCUGGGCCUCCCAGCGAAACCUCCCGCGGGCCGCCGGUCACGCCGAGGGCGCCCGCCGCCUCGUCGACCUGAUCCAAUCGCUCGUCGACGAGCGCAAGCAGCAGCGGUCGAGCAACAGUAACACCAACGCCAACAACGCCAUUGCUGCGGGAGGCACCGAGAGUCCCCGUGCCCUGGUCGAGUGCCUGACCUUUUACGCCUUUUCGACCGAAAACUGGAACCGGUCCCCGCACGAAAUCUCCAAGAUCUUCGAGGCCAUCGAGGUCCUCGCGAGGACCUUUUUGGUGGGCAGGCGGUCCCUCCUCGCCGAGGUGGAGAUCAGGGUCCUCGGGAACCUGGACGAUCCCCGCGUUCCGCCGGGCCUCCGCCGUGUCCUCCGCGAGCUGGAGGCGGCCACGGUCGGCGACACCGGAGGCGGAUCCGGCGGUGGCACCACCGGCGGGACCCCGCGCCUCGUUGUCUGCCUGGCCGUCAACUACGGCGGCCGCCGCGACAUCCUUUCCGCCUGCCGGUCCAUCGCCACGGACGCGAGGGACGGCCUCCUCGACCCCUCGGAGAUCACCGAGUCGACCCUCUCGGAACGCCUCGGGACCGGGAGCCGCUGCGACCCCGACCUCGUCGUCCGGACGGGCGGGGAGCACCGGCUCUCCAACUUUUUGCUGUGGGAGGCGGCCUACGCGGAGCUCUUCGUGGUGGACACCCUGUGGCCGGACUUUUCGUUCGAGGACGGGUGGAAGGAAUCCCUGGCCUGGUACGCGGGCCGGAAGCGGAAUUUCGGGGGCCGGGACGAACGUCCGGACCAGUGAGCGACGAACGAACGAACGCCGAACGACGAAUAUUCCGAUGCCAGGUGGUUCAGAAACGAACCGGAGAGCAACGAGAGCAUGCCGACACCCACUCACAACAACAUCAUCAACAACAACGCCGAUCGGAUGGACUCGUCGUGGAUCCGAGAAGCAUGGACAAGGAAUCCGGUGUGGUUGGCACGAAAACGAGGAUCUUUUUCUCGUUCUUUGCCAGGGAUCGUUGGAUCCCGCUGUGAUCGGAUACGAACGACGAGGAUGGUUUUGACGUCCUUCCGCCGUUUACUUUUCAUGGCAAAGAGAGACAGCAUCGGUAUCUUGUGGUGUUGGAGCUCGUCUUGUUACUAUGAUGGGUAGCAGAUCACAAGAAGAAGUACCUUUCGCCGUCGCUCCGCCGUCGCUUGUGGUAACAACAAGGGGAAGGACUUCUGGCCUAACGGUACAUAAUUCCCUGCACAUUUUUAAGCAAUAUGGGAAAAUACAAACGUAACGAACGAUUCAAGGCUAAAUACACACUACACGAAGAAGGAUGUAAUGAGAACACCAAGGCUGGAAUUGGAUUGCGUAGCGGGCAAUUAGCAAUUAUACAGGAAGGUGAUGCUGCUAUCUUUCAUUCUUGCGACGUGGAUACAGUGUUUUCUUUUGUGUCAUUGAUCCAAGAUUCGACGACAUUGAUCUAUGUACCAAGCCGAUUCUCUGGCAUGGCCCAAUAGAUUUUCAAGUGACAUUCUCGAGAGUGGUUGGCAACGCUGGAGUCUUGUAUCUAUUUUUUGUAAGACAAUAUUACUGUCAUUUACAACUAUUAUUGUGCACUAAAGUCACGAUGAAUAUCAAAAACUAAAGACCUUGUGGAAGAAGAMGAUAGAUCGCAAAUCCAACGCCUGAUAGGAAACCAAGAAUCACCACCAAUUUGCUGAGGCAUCCUCCACCCCUCUCCGCGUUUACCAAGUUCUUGAGAGCCAAUCCGGCCCAGAAUACUGCCCUUGAUCGCGCCUCCUUUCUGGCUGUGUUGACGACUACGGUUUGAAUGGAAGAUAUUCCGCCUUUGAAAACGAUCGCCUUUUUUACUUUGGGAUUGAAGGACAGUGCCCAAAGAGCCCUACAUGCGUGUUCUUGAAGAUCCGUGUUGCAAGCAACGGUGUGGUUGUAGUCAUCGACUGCRUAGCUAUGAGUGYCCAAUGCUUUCAAAACAAUGUCGAUUCCUCCGGAUCGAGCGAUAAGCAUUUGUCGUCGAUUGGAAGAUUGGCCAAAGUAAUCCUUGCACUCGUAGCCUCCUCUGUGAGAAAGAUUGGCUAGAGCUCGGCAUCCCGCUACCUGAACAGCUAGAUUCCGUUCGAAAUCGGCCAUGCCUUUGAUGAUAGCUUCUAGGCCACCAGCACAGGUGAUGUCUCGCCGGCUCUCUAUCCUCAAGUUGGCGUCCAACCUCUGCGCGCUUAUGUUCGUUCCGACGUAAUCGGCAAUAGCGGCCAUGCUUUGCUCGACUUCUUUCGCGGUUGUGGCCGUCUUGAGUGCCCGCACCUUGUAGAGAGCAUUCGAAUUUUGGUAAUGAUAGCCCAUUCCGAUGAUCACGAUAAUGAGGAAAGCUUAGUCUUCGGAGUUCGGUUUUGGUUGGACCAUCGAACUGGAAGUUUGUUGCUUUUUGGUUGUGAUGGAUCGGACUUGCGUGUCAAAUGCGCCUGCCUCAUCAGAAUAGGUACGAUACCGAGCAAGUGCCGCUAAGUGAGCACAGAUUCUUUUUCGUCGCUGCCAUCAGAAUGAAACUCCGAUCGGUAAAUCAAAAUCACCACCCGUGAAGUUUCAAACGCAGGUUUCUUUGGACACCAAAGAGCAUUCGUUCAAUACGACAACAAAUGAUUCAUUCUUGGCUUCUCCGGAAAACCGGAAUCGAAUUCACGACGUAACAGCCAAUGAUUGAUCCAUUCCUAACUUCCCCGAAAAACCGGAAUCAAAUUUAUUAUGUGAU